UACUGCCAAGCUAGAAGGUCAACUUGAAAGGAUGACAUCUAAAUACACUCAUAAUAGGGACACAGCUAAAUCCAGCGAUGAAAUAUCUGGUGACAGUGUAGCUCUCUCUUCUACCAGUCAGGCGGGGCCUGACUAUGUCAGUCCAUCUUAUGAGGCAGAAGAGAUCAGUACUGCUGACAAUGAUAUUAAACCUAAAUUUGUUCCUGGAGGCUUUGGUUUAUACCAACAAAAAAGUGACUUUGCUGUUACUCUUGAUGAUAUUCCUGUUACACUUGAUGUUACACUUGUCGUCAGGCCACUUGACGAUAAGAUUUCGUAUGAUGUUUUUUGGGAUAUCAUUCUCAAGCAAAAAGUUCCAGUGACGACAAGUCUUGUUGCAGUCAUGGGUUUGCCUAGCUCUGGAAAGACGGCAGUUUUGGAAUCCAUUCUGAGGCAAAAAGUAAAAGUGAAAGAUGGAGCAAAAAUUGAUCAUUACCUUCGAAGAAAGAAAAAUGAGCAGUGUUUGUCAAUAUAUGAGCUGUGUGCUCUUGGCAGUUCACGACAUGACAAGUACGCCUGGUCCUUUGCCACCAAUCGCUAUGGGGCAAUUUUUUCUAUUCUUUGUGGUCUCAUUCGUCUAUACCCAAUCAUAUCAAGCGUUGAGUUUGAACUCAGAGAUCAAAAGCCAGAAUCUGUCAUUGAAGAGCACGUUCAAUGGUUGAUGGGUAAUAUUCAAGAUUUACUUGAGAAAAUUAAAGAUGAGUCAGGCAAGCUGACCCUCAUUCAAGAUGGCGUUUCUCUCAUUAACGUAAUGGAUGUUGGCGUCAACAAAGCUCUUUACGACUUUUUAUCUAUGAUGCUGCUCUCUUGUGACAGACACAUUCGUCUAGCUUUCUUUUCAUUGAAUAGAGAUGGACCUAAACUUCAUGAGAAACCUGACCUACCAUCUCGACGUUAUGGAGAUAGAAAAGAUGACAUAUUAGUUAUGCAGCCAAGGUCACGACUCACAUAUCUCCUCCACUUUGCUACAGUUGGUUAUACUAAUAAAGACCAGCUUGAAAAAGAAACAGAGAAUGCUACUGUUAUGAUUGCAACAAAGACAAGGCCAAAAGGCUCACCUGCAGGAAACACACCUUCAUUAGAUCAAGCCAAGAAGGAAAUAAUUGAACAAGCAAGAUUGAGAAAUGUAGACCAUUUUCUAAAGAACUGGAUAGUAAUUGAUAUUGAUGACGAGAAAUCCAUUACAAAAGAAUUUGGGCAGAGGAUGGAAGACAUCCUUAAAAAUAAAUAUGAUCAGCUCACGAUACAGCUUCCCCUUCGAUGGAUAUUUUUGAGGAGUCUUGUAGUGUCACUGGACAGUACUGAAACAAAGGCAAUCAUCCUGUCAAAGAAAUAUAUCAUAGAAACGGCAGACAAGCUGAAGAUGAAAGAGGAUGAAGUUGAAAAUUUUCUAAAAACAUUCACUGACUUUGGCAGCAUCCUCUACAUGCCUCAGUAUGACGAUAUUAAAGAUAUUGUCAUUGUCAAUAUUUGGGAGUUCACUCAGUACCUAAACAAGCUUUAUUAUCCUCAGGAAGGAGAGCCGUAUGCUACCAAUCUGUUGAAGUAUGGAAUCAUAUCAGAGUCAUCUGUCAAAAAGAUUUUUUUCAAGCAUCCUAAGAAUGCUGAAGAUUUUAUGACAGUUCUUACAACAUUUGCAAUGGCCUCUAAAAUCAAAAGUGGUCAGUCUAUCCUCAUUGACCAGAAGCCACUUCAGCCUGAAGUGCACUAUUAUUUACCAUUAGCAAGAAUUUGUGAAGUAUACAAACCAUCAGAAGAGGAGAAUGAUUAUGCUUUCAUUGAGAUAGAGAGUGUCAACUUCCCAGCCAAUGUACAAGCUUGCAUUAGCAAUUCCAUUUUGAAGAAUAAAGAUGCUGUUCUUAUUGCCACAGAACACAAUAACAUUUCACGAUUUCAAUUCCAAUCUGAGAGUGGUCCUCCUGUUAAGAUAGAGAUGAUAUACAAAGGAAGCAAAACAAGAUUAAGAAUAAUGAACAGCUCCAAUGACAUACUCACAUCUCCAGCAACAGUUGAAGCAUGCAAAAAAGUAAUCACUGGUUCCUGUAGAUGUCUCCAAAGAAAAAUUAAUGUAAUACGUGACCUCAAAUACAGUUUUGCUGUUCCCUGUGCAUCUCCUGAAGGUGGAUGUCAUUUUCUCUAUAAUGAUUGUGAGCCUCAGCUCUGUGAUGCUUGUUCAACUGAAAAUAAUUUUAGAUUAUGCUGGAGCAAAGCAGCAAAACAGUGUGACUUGUUAAGCGAAGGCAGUGGAGCAAGAACGAGUGAAAAUAAUCUACUGAACUUUCAAGAUAUUUCUGGAAUUAUUACAGGCAAAUAUAAAUUUGAUGCCUUUAAAAAAGCACUGAACAUUGAUGAAAGUAAAUUCCCUGAUUUGAGUAAUCCAGAAGAUAGUGAGGAUAGUAAAAAGAAGGCAAUGAUGUUGAUGCUGCUAUUGUGGGAAAAACAAACUGACAAGCAUACUAGGCACGCUCUGAUAGAUAGAUUAAAGGAGAAUGGGUGUGAUGAUAUGGCUGAGAAACUUAAAAACACUAGUAUAGCAUAUUAGUCUAAAUUGCUGUUAGCAUUGGCUUUAUUUUACAUUAUUUUUUAGCUGCAUUUAAAAUUUUAAAUAUUACUAUUUUCCAUUGUUGGGCGUGGCUUAUAAAAUUUAAUUUUGUGUCGUUUUGGUUUUGACAAGAACAUAACACUUAGAACAGGCGCAUUCCAGAAAUGUUUUGACUUUGUCCGAGCUUUUCAUUUGCCCUCCCUGAAAGAGAAGGUUCUGCCUUAAGAGGGUGAUCAUGGAUGUGGAUUACCUAACAAAUGCAGAGCCGGUCGCCGUUGGUGCUACUGCUGAUGAAGGUGGGCCGUCUGCAAUUGUCACAGGCGAUUUGGGGGAUUACAAUAGAGGAUAUGCGUGCUAAGUAUAUUCAUAGCUUUUUAGUACCGUAUA